AUGCAUGGCGAUCGCUUCCGCAAGACCAUCUGCCCGAACGUCGUUCCUUCCCCCUUCAUCGCCUGCGGAGAGGACAUCUGGCAGGCCGAGCCCCUCGAGGUGAAUGGGGGAAAGGUGGAGGAGGUGAUGAAAAGUUCGCGGCGAGGAGAGGUCGACGCCGCCUUCCGCAAGAAGGCCCUCGAGCUCCUCGACAACACGGGUCGAUUCCGCAUAUGGCGUACACGGGACCCCUCGAUCGUCCCACUGAGCACUGUGCGGGUUUGA